CCGCCUCCCUGAGACCCGCAGAUUUCCCACCCCGCGGCGACGCCUGGCUGCUCCUCCCCGUCUCCGCCCCGCCGGCCGCGGCCGCGGGGGACGUCAGCGCUGCCAGCGUGGAAACCGCGGCGCGGCGCGGGAGGCGGAAGUAGCGCCCGGACCGCGGGGCCUUUAUCGGGCUCCGCCGGCCGCCUCAGCCAUGGACGCGUCCCUGGAGAAGAUAGCAGACCCUACACUGGCUGAGAUGGGGAAGAACUUGAAGGAGGCCAUGAAGAUGUUGGAGCACAGUCAGAGAAGAACAGAGGAGGAAAAUGGAAAGAAGCUGGUAUCAGGAGAUAUCCCGGGGCCACUCCAAGGCAGUGGACAAGAUAUGGUGAGCAUCCUCCAGCUAGUUCAGAAUCUGAUGCACGGAGAGGAAGAGGAGGAGUCCCAGAGCCCCCGAAUCCAGAAUAUUGGAGAACAAGGUCAUAUAGCUUUGUUGGGGCAUAGUCUGGGAGCUUAUAUUUCAACUCUGGACAAAGAGAAGCUUAGAAAACUCACAACUAGGAUACUAUCAGACACUACUUUAUGGCUGUGCAGGAUUUUCAGGUAUGAAAAUGGCUGCGCUUAUUUCCACGAGGAGGAAAGAGAAGGACUGGCAAAGAUCUGUAGGCUUGCUCUUCACUCUUGUUACGAAGACUUCGUAGUGGACGGCUUCAACGUGCUGUAUAACAAGAAGCCUGUUAUAUACCUUAGUGCUGCUGCUAGGCCUGGCCUGGGCCAGUACCUUUGUAAUCAGCUCGGCUUGCCCUUCCCCUGCCUGUGCCGCGUGCCCUGUAACACUAUGUUUGGAUCCCAGCACCAGAUGGAUGUUGCCUUCUUGGAGAAACUGAUUAAAGAGGAUGUAGAACGAGGAAAACUGCCCCUUUUGCUUGUAGCGAAUGCCGGAACCGCGGCAGUAGGGCACACAGAUAAGAUUGGGCGUUUGAAAGAACUCUGCGAGCAGUAUGGCAUAUGGCUGCACGUCGAGGGUGUGAAUCUGGCAACAUUGGCCCUAGGUUAUGUCUCCUCGUCAGUGUUGGCUGCAACCAAGUGUGACAGCAUGACAUUGACUCCGGGCCCGUGGCUGGGUUUGCCGGCCGUCCCUGCAGUCACCCUUUAUAAACACGACGAUCCUGCCUUGACUUUGGUUGCCGGUCUUACAUCAAACAAGCCAGCAGACAAGCUCCGUGCCCUGCCGCUGUGGUUGUCGUUACAGUACUUGGGGCUUGAUGGGAUUGUGGAGAGGAUUAAGCACGCCUGCCAGCUGAGUCAACGGUUACAAGAGAGUUUGAAGAAAGUGAACCACAUCAAAAUCUUGGUGGAAGAUGAGCUCAGCUCUCCGGUAGUGGUGUUCAGAUUUUUCCAGGAAUUACCAGGCUCAGAUCCAGUGCCGACAGCUGUCCCGGUGCCUAACAUGGCACCUUCAACGGUCGGCCGGGAGAGACAUUCCUGUGAUUCCCUGAACCGCUGGCUGGGAGAGCAGCUGAAGCAGCUGGUGCCUGCGAGCGGCCUCACCGUCAUGGACCUGGAAGUGGAGGGUGUGUGCAUUCGGUUCAGCCCCUUGACGACAGCAGCAGUUUUAGGAACUCGGGGAGAGGACGUGGAUCAGCUGGUAGCCUGCAUCCAGAGCAAGCUGCCGGUCCUGACCUGCACGCUGCAGCUGCGGGAGGAGUUCAAGCAGGAGGUGACAGGGACCGCGGGCCUCUUAUACGUCGACGACCCCAACUGGCCCGGAAUAGGGGUUGUCAGGUAUGAACAUGCUAAUGAUGAUAAGAACAGUUUGAAGUUAGAUCCGGAAGGGGAAAAAAUCCAUGUUGGACUCCUGAAAAAGUUACAUGAACUGGAAUCCGACCUUACAUUUAAAAUGGGCCCAGAGUACAAAAGCAUGAAGAGCUGUAUUUACGUUGGGAUGGCAAGUGACGACGUGGACAUUUCUGAACUGGUGGAGACCAUUGCGGUCACAGCUCGAGAAAUCGAGGAAAACUCAAGGCUUCUGGAAAACAUGACAGAGGUGGUUCGGAAAGGGAUUCAGGAAGCUCAGGUUCAGCUGCAGAAGGCGAACGAGGAGCGGCUCCUGGAGGAGGGGGUGCUGCGGCAGAUCCCUGUCGUGGGAUCCGUACUCAAUUGGUUUUCUCCGGUACAAGCUUCACAGAAGGGAAGAACCUUCAACUUAACGGCAGGCUCCCUGGAGUCCACGGAACACACGUACGUCUACAAGGCGCAAGGCGCGGGGGUCACGCCGCCGCAGACGCCCUCGGGCACUCGCGCCAAGCAGAGACUUCCAGGCCAGAAGCCUUUUAAGAGGUCUCUGAGAGGUUCCGAUGCUCUGAGCGAGACCAGCUCAGUCAGUCACGUUGAAGACUUAGAAAAGCUGGAGCAUCUGUCCGGGGUGCCGGAGCCAGAUGGCCUGGAGCCUAGCGGCCCCGAGCCGCACCCCGGGGCUCCCCCUCCGCAGGAGGCCGAGCGGACGGGGGCCUUCCAGAACGGGGCCCAGCGCCCGGAAGAUGACCGUCCACAGGUAGAAGAACCGGAGAGCUUAAGAUAAAAUCCAGUGUUUGCUUUGAGACUGUGCCGGGUAUUGUUUCAGGGAAGAUGAAGCUGUACUGAAAAUGUGAGCCGUGCCACAGCUAAUGCAAGAGAAAUGACUGUUGUUUGUCCUUCGCUGGGAUUUUUGCACAAAUCUGUGCCUGAAAGCCAGGCUUUUUAGACGGGCAGUUGAUUGGUCUCAUUUGAUGGGUCUGUAGCAUGACAGCUGGGGUUCCUGCCCACGUCCUUGUAGGUGAUCCCAUUUCUCCCCCACGUUCCCAUAAACACUCAUUGUUCACGAAGAACACUUAGAAUUUCAAGUGCCCGCCACUUGAAACGCUCGCGCUUAUUUUUCUAAAACCUAAGCGUAAGCCGUGACGAGGUUACAUACAACUUUUCGUUAAGUCAGCUCUAGAACCUUCCGGGUCCUCUGUUGUGCUGCUGCACCGGAGAGGCAGCGCAGUCUCCGCCACCUGUUUGGGUCAGCGUUCAGUGUGGGCAGGCUGCGGGGGUACGGCGGGCUCGGGUUCGGCGCGAUGCCGACCUGAGCCCGAGCCGCCCCCGCCGCCGCUUCCGAGGUGUAGAAAGGAGCGUGCGCUCUGUCUGGGGCAGGGCCGUGGGCAAGCGACUUCCCUCUGCCCCGAGUCCAUUCCUCCCUUUAUAUACUAUUUGUAGACAAAUUAAAGGAUUAUCUAUUAAGAGUAACUGUAAAACUCUUGGCCAUAUAUGUGUAUAUUUUUAAAUACUCGUAAAGCUUUUAAAUUGGCACACAGAUACACACUGUGCUCGUUUCUAUGUUUAAUAUCUGAAAAGCCGACAGACGCGAGUCUUGACCUGAUACUAACUCUGCUGUGGAGCACCCAGUUACGUUUCACCCCUAGAAUAAGUAUACCUUUGACCUGUUUUACAUGGGAGUGUGUGUGGCUUCUCCCCACGAGCAGCUCACCCCUUUGGGCCCAACUCAGAGACAACCUGGGCCCUCGGUCUGGUGAAGCCAGACCACUGCUGAGAUACUGGAACUGAGCGCUUAAUUACUGCCUCUUUCUACUUUUCCAGAAGUCCUACACCUCUUCGUUUUCAUAGGUAAAGGUCCCUGAGCCUUUAGUCCAGCAAAGUCAAGCUUUGGGAUGCCUCAAGACGGUGGGGGUUCACACUGGGCUGGGGACUGUCGUGUUGGAAGCCUUAGGUACACCACAUUAAGCCUAUAAUUAGACACCGAUUUGAUGUGAUUUCUGACUUUUGGCACUUGUCAAAAUGCAACUUUUUUUUCGGUGCAGAUGAUUAAAAGUCUUCCCUGUUUAUUUGGUGCAAUGAAGUAUAGCAGAUAAAAUGGGGAAAGGGGACAUUAUCACCUUUAACAAGAUUAAUUUUUCAAUGUUUUUAUAUAUAUUUGGAAUUGCUAAAUUGGUUUUGCUGAAACAGAAUUUCACCCUUAAGAUACUAUUUGAAUGUUGGUUUCAAUAAAGGUUCUUGAAAUUGUUAA